AGAUAUAUGACGAUAACUGUCAAUUAUAUAAUACUAUCAAAAACUGAAAUACACCACAGUGCUCGGUCACCAUACACCGCUGGAGCUGCUGUUGUAGGGACCUUUUAUCAAAUUUGACACAAGGUUAUCAUCGGACGAUUUCUCUUUACUGCUUUUACUUCGUUACGCAAAAUGCGCACUGGUGACAGGUGCGUCAAAUGACAUUCUUCGAAAAGAGUGAAAUCGAUUUGAAAAUAUUGAUUGAUUGAUUAAUUAAUAGGAAGUGAUGCCGUAUUGAAUAGUUCUAUAAGAAAUGAUAACUAAAGGGGAGCAGGUUCAUGAGGAGGAUUGGGUUGUGGGGACAUGACAAGCAUUGAACCUUGCGCUUUUGCGCAUCAGUAUAACGGAUCCGGUGCAUCGCAGGUUCACAGCGGCUUCUAGAAAGAGAUGUAUGAGAUUCAACCCGCAAAACUAAAGAAUUUUACACUUAUGAUGUAACAGGGGAGUUUUGGACAGCCCUCAGUCUCCGCCAAUGAAAGUAUGGACAGGGUUCAACACCCAUUUUGAGGGGUUCAGUAUAAAGUACUGACUUAAUCAUUCGAUACACGUAUUGAGUUUUUAUCGCAUUGUCAGUCUUUGGAGCGUGAUAUUUAAAAACGAAUACAUAAUAAGUUUUUUUGCUCAAAGAUAAGGGGAAAAAAAUGUCUUUUGUGGUGAAAAUGAAUGGGGUCCAGAAUGACAUCCACAGUAAUGGCAUCAAUGGGAACUUCAAGAACGGGAACAGUGUGCAUCAUGUGAGCAUUAGCACUCUUGUCAACCCCUCCAAACUGAAGAACCAAAGACAGAGAUGGACCGUCAGAGCAUCAGAGAUGUCCAAGAACACACUCAACCCCAUCCGAGCUAUAGUGGAUGGGAUGAAACUCACCCCCAACCCUGACAAGCCUAUGAUUGCCCUUUCCAUUGGUGACCCAACUGUGUUUGGGAAUUUGCCAACAGAUGACUCUGUUUUACAAGCAAUGAAGGAGGCGAUAGACUCGCACAAAUACAAUGGCUAUGCUCCUUCAGUAGGUUACCAAAAGAGCAGAGAGGCUGUGGCAAACUUCUGCAGUCGCCUAGAAGCUCCACUGGAAGCCAAAGAUGUGAUCUUGGCCAGUGGUUGUAGUCAGGCUAUAGAAUUGGCCAUCGGAGUGUUGUGUAACCCAGGAGAUAAUAUAUUAGUUCCAUGUCCUGGGUUCUCCCUCUACAAGACACUGGCAGUGUCGAUGGGCAUCCAUGUCAAGCUUUACAAUCUGCUGCCAGAAAAAUCCUGGGAGAUUGAUUUUCAGCAUCUAGAGAGUCUGAUUGAUGAGAAAACAACCUGCAUGAUUGUCAACAACCCAUCCAAUCCUUGCGGCUCUGUGUUCAACAAGGAGCACCUGCAGAAGAUACUCUCUGUUGCCUCAAGAAACUGCAUCCCUAUACUUGCUGAUGAAAUCUAUGGAGACAUGGUGUUCCCUGGCUGUGACUUUCACCCUAUGGCACCUCUCAGCAGUGAUGUGCCCAUCCUGUCCUGUGGUGGUCUGGCCAAGCGGUGGUUAGUUCCAGGAUGGAGGAUGGGUUGGAUCCUCAUCCAUGAUCGUAACAACAUUUUUGGAACCGGAAUUCGGGAAGGUCUUGUGAAAUUGAGCCAGCGAAUUUUGGGACCCUGUACCGUGGUCCAGGGAGCAUUAGAGAGCAUUCUGAAUAAUACACCAUCAUCAUUCUACCAAAGCACAAUCAGCUUCCUUAAGUCAAACUCAGAGAUAUGUUACUCAGAGUUGUCAACUGUUCCCGGACUGAAUCCAGUGAUGCCAUCUGGAGCCAUGUACAUUAUGGUGGGCAUUGAGAUGGAGCAAUUCCCAGAAUUCCAAAAUGAUGUGGAGUUCACUGAACGACUGGUCACAGAGCAAUCUGUGUUCUGCUUGCCUGCUACGGCAUUUGAAUAUCCAAACUUCUUCCGAAUUGUGGUAACAGUACCAGAGGUGAUGAUGGUGGAGGCGUGUGUCCGGAUCAGAGAAUUCUGUGCACGCCAUUAUCGACCUUGCAGUCAAGACAGCAAUGAAUUGGACCAAUGAAAUAAACAGACAUAGAGAGACGUAGAAAAAGGAGGAAAGGAGAGGUUAAAGGGCAGACUGGAUGACAUGGCAGGCUAAUGUGCACAAAGCUGCAGAAUGAGAGUGUAGAAAGAGAGGAAACAGAUAUUUGCAUUACAUGAGACAAAGGUCUGAAAAUACAGUGGGAUAUGAAUCAUACAUUUUAAAUCUCCUAUAAUACCUUACAAGCCUGGCCGGAUGUAAGGAUGAACAGGGGUGGACCAAACGGGAGUCUUGCCCACCCAAUCAAACGUUUGGCACAGCAUUAAAUAAAAUAUUCGAUUUUUAACAAUUUGUGCAUUGGUUAGAAGCAAUUUGGGGGCAGGCUAUUUGUUGCAAACAUUGAGGGUGGGCUGUACCGACCCAACCAAUCACAUAAUAGCCCCAGAAAUGUUUUGUAUUUUUCUAUUUUUGUCAUUGGCCGAAAGCAACGAACGCAAGAAGCGGCUGCUUCAAAACAGAGAGUACGAGACGUCACGUGAGCGAGAUUGGAAGUAUCGCGAUAUUAGAUAUUAAGUGCCCGUAAAGAAGCCUGGCGGUGUCUCUAGCAUAGAUAUUAUAUAGAUGAUGUCUAUGGUCUCUAGCAGUGACUAUAUGUGGCUUUUGUUAAUGUAUCACUGGCAACCUCUUCCCACUCUUAAAAAAAUCUCCCUCUCUCUCCACCUCAGCUUCCAAAAAUCAUGCGCGGAUGUUCGCGAAAUGGAAACUUGACCUGAACUGUAAAGCACCACACCAGCCAAUAUUAGCUGAUGGUCCCGUUCGUGGCACUGGCUGAAUACAGUGUUUUACAGGACGCAUGUUUCUGUUUCCCCUGUUGUACGUUCGGUGUCGCUGAGAGAUGCUGUCUUCACCUCUUGUCUUAAAACUCUUUUAUUUACAUAUUUUUACAGUGCUGUGAUAGUUUGUUGUUUUUUGUAAUUGCGCUUUUAAGCUACUCGAUUUUUGCGAUGAAAAGAGCCUAUGUCGCUGACAUGGCAGUACUUUCAAUUUAUCCAUGCAUCUAUCUGUCCAUCCAUAUAAUUAUUUUGAUGUGGAUAUUGUAGUUACUGCAUUUUCACAUCAAGUCUUCUGUGAAUUGUAGCAUAUGAGCCAAACUCGUCUGUCACAGAACUCAAUUUUUCGUUUAGCCUUUGUAAGGAAGUAUAAUUGCUAAUUACAUUUCUAUUUAAUCAAGUCAAAGAGAAAUAAUCAUCAUCAUUUAUAUAAAAUAUAUUUAUAUAUUUAUAUCAUCAUCAAAAUAUAAUUACUUCUUUAAGCAGUUCCCAUCUUUAGUCAAAUUUGAGGUUCUUAAUCUUAUAUGUUACUGAACUCUCCAUCUAAUAUAUUUCCUUUCACUCCAUCCUUAUAUUCCUCCUUGAUAUUAUUUCUCUCCACUCCAUCCUUGCAUUUGUGUGUACUCUGAUAUGUCCUUAAUUUGCUUUAAGGCUGGAAGUCUAUUUCUGUAUUUUAUUUAAUAAAAAUGAAGGUAAUAUACCAAUAAUAAGACUGUCAGGACACACUUCAGUAUUAUGAUUAUGUACAACGGUAAUCUGUUUAUUAUUUCCAUUGGCUAUAUUUUUAAUAUGGAGAAUACCUGUAAAAUAUAGGUGUAAUGGGCCUUAUGAUCUUAACAAUUAUGCCAUAUUAUGCCAAUUACAGACAUAAAUAAAAAAUAUUUGUAUGCUCAACCAUUUUCACAAAGAUUUUGUAGGAUUAAAAUGACAUAUAUGGUGCAUAUAAUAUGACAUCUAAUGUUCUUUUGAUUUUGAUUUUCAAGUGUUACAUAUCAAAUGCUAUUUAAAUAAAAAAUGUAUAUAAA